UAGUGAUAGUUGGGUGAAAACUCUAUGUUAUAAAAUUGUAUUCGUAUUGCACCAUAGCUAGAUGCAUGUGACAUUUCCUCUUUUUAAUAAUUUUUCAUUUGAACUAAUAUUCAAUUAGUUUUCUUACAAUAAAAUAGAAGGAAAAAAGUCAAAAACGAUCAGGCUUCAUGUCUGCCAAUGUUAAAAUUAAAAUUCUUUUCUUGACUCUCAAAUCAAUUUUUACGGAGUUUAAGAUAAACUAAUUUAAUUCAGUUCAGGUAUGGACAGAGAUUAUAAGUUUGUCACAGAAUAGAAAUAAACAUUAGAGAAAGAGGAUAACACAGGUAAAGAUUAAACGAAAUAUUAAUGAUUAUAUGCAAAAUCUAUACUAUUAAAACUGAAUUACAAAUAUAAAUUUAACCUCAAAAUAAUAUUUAAUUACAUUCUAAUGCCACUGAAAAACUACAUAAACACAUCCUUUAGUAUUUAUUAAAAUUUUGUCAAUUAUAAAAACAUACCUAAAUUGAUUUCUAAACCAUUUAAUGUUGAAACUUUCUAAAUAUUUCUCAUUUUUAAUAACUUUCCAAAAUUUGAUAUUUAAUUGUUAUACAGACAAAAUAUUCUGUAAAAAGAUAUCACUCAAAACCUAAAUAGACAAAUUAGUAUAUGCUAAACGGUAAUAAUUCGAAUUUGAUCUAAACCUCAACUCCAUUAAUAAUAGAUCUUUAUCCAGAAUUACAAUAAACUAAAUCAUAUAUUAUGUAAAAGACUUUUUGACAUUUAAUAGAUUCACUUUCAGUAAUUUUCCUUAUUUCUUUAUUUGAUAAAAAAUCAAAAGUUCAAUUCAAAAUUUUAAAAUACUAUAGGAGUUUUUUAUUAUUUUUUUGCCAGAUUAACCAUAUCACGGACUGACAACAAUUUUUUUAGAUCUUAACAGAAAUUUAAUUAACCGUUAUAUCUAAACCGGUUUUAUAUUCGAGUCACCAAAAUUCAUUGUCGAAACCGCAUGUCCAAAAUAAAUAUGAAAAUAUUAAUUUCGUCUAAUUUAAAUAAUUUAGUUAAAAAUAAUGAGCAAGUGCUGGUUGACAGAUAAAAUAAUAUUACAAUAUAAAUCAAAAAAAUUAAAAUAAUUGCAUCGAUAUAUGAUUUCUAUUUAUUUGUUGGCAAAAAUAUAAAAUGCAUAUUGAAAAGUAAAAAUAUAUAACAUGUAUACCUUCUCCUGUAAAUAGUUAAUAUAUUUUUGACAAGCAGAUCCAAAUAUAGUAUUGUUUAAAAGGCAUGAAUAAACAAAAAUAAAAAUAAAAGAAAAGAGUUUUAAAAGCUAAGGCAUGAAAUCAUCAUGCAUGAUGCAUGAUUAAGGGAAAUGAAACAAGUUUGAAUAUUUUCUAAACGACAAAACAAGAAAAAAAAAACGAAAGUCAACUUUAGUUAAGGGACUUCAUAUAUCAAUUUCACAUAUAUGAAAAAAAUUACUAAACUCUUCACUCUUCAGAGUGACAAGUCACCGAACAAACAAGUUUAAAUUCAAAUUUAAAACUUGUAGGAAAGAAAUAAAAACACGAACGAGUGGUCACUCACCGAACAAACAGCCUAAAUUCAGAUAAAAUGCCAUUAAUGAUUUAAAUGAUAAAUACAAAUAAAUCAUAAAGGGACGGUUUACACAUUAAAAAAAAAAUAAUACUACUAAACAGUUGUUCAUCUCACGUUUGUGUUUGACUGUUGAACACAAAAACAAAUAUAUACACAUAAAAGUAUACGUCAUGUUAUAUACGUAUAUGGUGGAUGUUUUUCAUGUGGAGCUUCUAUAUAUAUAACUGUCAUAAAAAAUAACUGACGGUCUGAAUUGUGUCAGAGAAGGGUUCCUCUCUUUCUCGUGUCAUCUUUGAAACAUACUUUUGUAACCGUCUCUGUUUCUUCUUCUUUCUCCAAGAUUUGAUCUAUAAUGGGGAAGACGAGCGGGACGAGAGAUUGGGCUCAGAUCUACGCCAUCUACGGGAUCGAGCAGAAACACACUCUCUUCUUCCUCCUCCUCAACGCCAUUGCUUUCUCUCUACUCUCCACCUUCUUCUUCCUCUACUUCCACCCCAUCUGCCUCUUCCUCGAGUCCUUCCUCUUCUCCAGCUCCUCCGCCGCCGCGGCUAGAUUUUCCGCAGGUUUCUUCGGAGCCGUAACGGCGCUCUCCGCCGUGUGUUUGUUCUUUGCGGCGGCGAACUUUUUCUACUCAGCCGUGCCUCUACGGUACGAGAUGGCGCAGAGGAUGGUCGGAUCGGUGGGAGAUUGGUCGAGCGUGAAGACGGCGCUUGAUCUCGGCUGCGGUCGAGGGGUCUUGCUGAAUGCGGUGGCGACGCAGCUUAAGAAAACCGGUAGUUCGGGUCGGGUCGUCGGGUUAGACCGAUCCAUGUCGACAACUCUCUCUACUCUCCGCACGGCUCACAUGGAAGGAGUGCAAGAGUACGUGACUUGCCGUGAAGGAGACGUAAGACGACUUCCUUUCGGUGACAACUACUUCGACGUGGUGGUCUCGGCCGUGUUUCUCCACACAGUCGGGAAAGAAUACGGUCAGAAAACGGUGGAGGCGGCGGCAGAGAGGACGAGAGUGCUAGGAGAAGCGGUGAGAGUGUUGAAACCCGGCGGCGUAGGAGUGUUGUGGGAUCUUGUACAUGUGCCGGAGUACGUGAGGCGGUUACAAGAGCUGAGGAUGGAGGAGAUUAGGGUUUCGAAGCGAGUCACUGCGUUUAUGGUUAAGAGCCAUAUGGUCUCGUUUAAGAAGCCUAGUCAGCAUUUUGUGGGUCCUGGAGAAGUACGUUUGGAUUGGAGAUGUUAAAUGACGUGGAAAUAUAAAAAUGUUUUGUUUCAUACUUUUUUCUUCUAAUUAGGGAAUCUAUAUGGCCAAAAUAUAAGUGAAUUUCGUCGAUUUGCAGUGCAUGGGUAUGGAUAGAGUUGUGUAUUUGUGGAGAGCUUUAAAAACACUAAAUUGAUCUUAAUUUUGUAUCAUAUUGACAUAAACCCAUGUUCCAAAAGGUCGAUUAUGUUUCAAAACAAUUUUUUUGGGUGUU